UUCAUACGGCAGCAUGGAAAAAGCGUGGAAACAAUUUAACCAGCUGCUCGUUUCUCCCUCCGUGUCUAGUGGGUGGACAACCCGCAAGAAGGGCGUUAGACGACAGCCAAAAACUCGUGUAAAUAAACAGAAAAGUAUUUUACAAGUGCAAGGUCAUGGGCAAGAUGAAUGGGAAAUAGAUGAUGGUUCGGAUGACGACAAAGCGGUGGCAGACAGUGGGAGCUUUCAAAACGAUUCAUCCUGUCCGGCAUUUACUCCCUCCGUAGCGCAAUCGCUAAACCCUGCCGAGGUGACGAUCGACCGUAGAAAUCAGUCGGAUUCGGAAGUGGAGCACCUUUCGGAAGAGGAUGUAUGCUGUCAGCAGACCAGCACUACGUCCGAUUCUUCCGACUCGGACUCGGACGAUUGUCUGGCUAUUCACUGUACAAAGAGCCGCAUGACACGAUUACAGUUUGCGGACAAAAGCCAACUCAAGCGACGCCGCAUAACGGACGAUAUGGACGUUUCCUUUGGGGCGGGUUGUUGGAGCAAGGCGAAGAAUCGUCAGCUGGUAACAGCGUUGAGUCCGAAGCGCUUCAAACCCGUUGCGACGCUUAACCGGACCAUUGUGGGCGAAGGAUCGAAAACGUUAAAUAGCAGCGUAACGGGUGUCCUCGAUACCACACGUUGCUGGAAGUCUUUUGAUGCAACGUUCCAUGCCGAGCUGGAUGCGAGUUGCAUAGAAGAUUUGCCAUCUUCGCCUGACAGUGCAAAUGAAGGACAGAGUAGACGCAGGGAAAGGGAUGCGAUCGACAUUGAGGAGCUACCACCAUCAGCAGAGAACAAUAACGGCCAAAGCACGUCACCGUCGUCCAAGUCGUUCUAUGUCACAUCGCCUACAGCUAAAAGUAAGAACAAACAUUAUCCCAAGAAUUCACCGCUAGGCACGCUGGCCAUGGCACUGAACGAGCGAAGCUCUCGGCAACAUCUGUGGCAGCAUGCGAUCGUGUCCGGGACGGUGCAGCCGGAGCUCGUCGUGAAAAUAGACUCCAUUGAGCGGAUCUAUGGACGCGUGAUGCUGCGCUUUUUCACCACCACGGCCGAAGGAGAUGAUUGCGUGCAGGGGGAGCAGGUGGAGAACAUCAUCUACAUGGACCAGAGCGACAGGCAGCUGAAAUCAAUACACGCCGGCAUGAACGUCGCGCUGGAGGUGGACGACCGCAUCUCUCCUCAUCGCAUCGCGCGCCACAAACUGAUACACCUGGGCGUAACGAAGCUCUGUCCGAUGCCAAUGACCACCGAAAUAAAUGCACACCCGUGACCACACGACUACCACACAAACACACAGAGAUA